AUGUUUGCCAAGUUCCCUCAGAAAUUUGCCGCACCGUUUGGCUUGCUUGGGGACGAGCCAAAGCUGGCGUUUCGCAGCCAGCCCGGGGGGAUAUCUAAGUUAGCGACUACACGAAAUAUCAUUGAAACGGAUAGUUACUGGGACCAAUACGUCGUUCUGUUCGACUCGGCCUCGGAUGUCUUCUCUCUAAUUACACCCAACGAUAUACGACGCGCUCUGGCUGAAGCCCCAGAGAACGUCGCCACCCUCAUUCGUGUCAUUUCUUCUCGGUUAUUCAAUCUCGUUUCCGAUCACACGUUUCCGUCAGCGACGACCGCAUCUGUCACGGCUUAUGCCACCUCUCUGAUUAAGUCGGGGACAGGUUCGGCGGAACGAAACACGACGAAGGAGGUCCUCAAUUGCUUGCGUGUCCUCCAACGUGUCCUACCUGUGGUGUUCGAGGUUGAGGGUGAAGCGAGUGUGUUCGAGCUGGAGGUUCUGUGGAAGAAGCAGGCGGCGGAACAGGUUCACGAAGAGAGCGAAUCACAAGCGCCCCAGUUUGUUAUUGAUGACGACGAUGAUAGUGAGAACGGAGAUGCGAGAUCACCCACAUCCCCAAAAGAACAGGCUGGGACGAAGCCAAAAGCACUUCUACCAUCAUUGGGCGAACGGUUGUUUAGCUGCCUCAUCGACCUGCUCUUCUGUUGUGGUUUCACUCUUCCGCCUAAGCUACAAGUCGACCACUACAAAAUCAACUAUGUCAUUUGGGAGAAAGGCGUUGGAUCAACAUCAGAUCCCGGACCCAGCUUCUCAUACGAUGGUAACAAAACUGAAGUCCUUCGUCUAAUUCUGGUCCUUCUCUCAAGACAAAUAUACGUGCCGCCCUCAUCGCUCUUCACGAAACCUUCCCUAUACACACUGCAUCUCGUCCAGCAGACACCGCGACGUGAUGUUCUGACAAUAUUAUGCUCACUACUGAAUACCACCAUGAGCGCCAGCUCAUACGGAUCGUCGACCAUCAGCAGCGUUGCCGGGAAACUGCCUUACAACCACCUGAUGUUUAAAGGCGAGGACCCCCGUACGAGCUUGAUUUCUAUGUGCUUCCAAGUCCUUUGUGUACUCCUGGACUUCCAGAGCGAUAGCGCUCGAGACAAGCCGUCAAAGACGGAUGAAACCCAUCCCCCGACUCCAACCCCUCGUACAAAUGCCUUUCGCUAUUUCCUGAUGAAGCUGCACAGGGUCCAAGAUUUCGCGUUCAUAUUCAAUGGCAUCUUCGCCAUUCUUGAACAGCAGAUCGCCAACAUGAGCAACUUACUACCAGGCGCUCGGAAGUCUGUCCCAUAUAUGUUUGAGACUGUCGUAUUCUUAUGGAAGAUGAUUGAGCUUAAUGAGAAAUUCCGUAUUUAUCUACUUGAAUCUGAGAGGGGUAUGGAUUUAAUGGCAUAUAUAUUAUGCUACAAUCUAGAGAUUAAAGACAAGACUGAACAACACGGUCUAUGUCGCGCACUCUCCUACAUUAUCCAAACGCUGUCUGCGGAGCCUGCCUUUGGACGUGUUCUUUGCAACCCCAUUAAAUCCCAAUUGCCCGCGAAAUGGCACACGGGCGGCACAGCGGGAGACUUUAUCGUUAACUCGAUCUACGCUAUAAUUGCAACCACAUCAGGGACUCUGAACUCCAUUUACCCUGCCCUCAUCAUCGCCCUGACCAAUUGCGCCCCGCAUUUCAAGAAUCUCACUGUCACGUCGUCUGCUCGCCUCCUACAGCUAUUUACCUCAUUUUCGAACCCGUUAUUUCUGCUUGCGGACGAGGGUCACCCACGUUUGCUGUUCUUCAUGCUGGAAGUCUUCAACUCAGUGAUUCUCUACCACCUGACCGACAACCCCCAUCUGAUCUACAAUAUAUUGAACUCGCAUAAAGCAUUCGAGGACUUGGGCACAUUCACACUUGCUCGGGGUCUCAGAGACAUCAAACGAGCUCGUAUUGUGAAAGAGGAAGCGGCGCGGAAGGAUGGUAAUCAAAAGAGCAAGAUGCGCGCCUCGGACAUCGAAGAGGGGGAUCCUCACAGCGAGAAGGUCAGACUCAUGGAACUUGAGGAGCAACGGACGAAUUCGACGGAGCAGCUACCGGAGUCUCAACGGACUGAUAGCACGGAUACUCUACCGCUGAACGGCACACCUGCGUCUUCGAUAUCGGAAAAGGCUCGCGGGAAGAUGAAAGAGCGAAGGUCUAUGUCGCUCGACAAUAUUGAUCCUGCAGCUGCCGCGGCAGUGGGUCGGAAUGGUUUCAUACCAACGCAAGAAUGGGUAACAUCAUGGCAGCAAGGAUUGCCGAUGGACUGCAUCAUGCUCCUCAUUACAGAACUGUUGCCUAAGGUGCAAGAUAUACAGGCCGCCCGGAACAACCCCACUUCGGUGACCGCGAUUAUUGAUUUCUUGGGUAGCGUGUCUCUACAAGGUGUCCUGCCUCCCAAACCACCUCUUGCACCAAGGAAAUUUGUCUGGUCUGACUCGUCAAUCGUAUGGCUGACAUCUAUGAUAUGGGGUGAGAUCUACGUCCGCGGAAUGACGCCCCUGGGGAUCUGGAAUUCGACCCACGUUCGCCUAUUCUACGUGAAGCAUACGCAAGCUCAACAGCGUCAGAUUACGGAGGCAGUCUCGAAUGUUGUGGGUGGCAUAUGGGGCCGGAACUCUGAUACGACGAUGGGGAGAGGGCGUAGUGGAGGCUCGUAG